AUGGAUUCCAAUGCGGUAGAACUGCAAAACUCCUACGAAAUCUCUACUACGUUCGAAUUACCUUGCACAAUUUGCCGACGAAGGAAAGUGCGAUGCUCGAAAACCCUUCCAUGCAACAACUGCGAGAGAGCCGGAGCGCCGUGUAGCUACGAUGAUGCAAAGCGGACUUCCCGUCGACCACCAAGACAUGCAGAACUGAGCACACGUCUGGCAAGAGUGGAGUCUUUGGUAAGAAGUACUAGCCAGCACACUAAGCAAAGUAAUUCCACUACAGCUAGUGAACGUGGGUCCAUGGAUGCGGCCCUCGAGUCUGAUCCGACUAUGGAAAGCUUAGUGAAGCGUCUAGAGCACAAGCACCGAUCGCAGCUCACAACUCCCGAUCCAAACUCAAAGCGUGGAAAGCUAGCCUAUGUCGAAGGGAGCUCACGGAGCAUCCAAACAAGAUUCUGGGCUGGAUUGUAUGAAGAGGUUCCGAGUAUCAGAGGACUAAAUCCCGCUGUCUACAAGAUCCUAAAUCUCAAGUACCUCUUGGAAGAAGAGCAGCCUUCGGCACUCAAUUUCUUGUUUCCCGAGACCAUCCCAACUUCAUUAUAUGAACAGACUCCUAUAUCCCAAGUCCACAGCGAUCUCUUAGUGCGCUCUUUCAUACAAAACGUGGACCCUUUUCUUCGGAUCUUACACAAACCGAGACUAUUACUCGAGCUCAACUAUGUCAGGCGGGGCAUAUUACGUGAUGGGGACGAUUUCGAGUGUCAGCUCCAUGUCAUUUAUGCACUGGGAACGAUACCGAUGACGGACGAUGAAUGUAUAUUUCAGUUUGGAGUAGAGAAGUCCAUUUUGAUGAGCAACCUGAAGGCCGCAGCGGAGAGGGCACUAUCCCGGUUGAAUAUCACAUCAAGUCACAAGAUCAGAAGUCUUCAAACCCUGUUGUUAUACAUCACCCUCCUCUUCUGGACCGGGAACAUCACCCAAGCUAGUGGUCUCCUUGGGCUCGCCGUUCGUUUUGCCCAACGGGUAGGCAUCCACAAAGACGGAGAGCGCUUCAAACUUUCGCCCUGGAGAGUAGAGAUGCGACGUCGCAUGUGGCACCACAUCCUCCUGAUAGACACUUGGUGUAUGGAACACGAGGGCGCCGAGAGCAUGAUACUUGCUGAAUCUUCAGACAACACUCUUCCUCAAAAUUCGAAUGACGCAAGCUGGGAUGCUUGCGAGUUUGCGCUGGAAGGACCUACCCCCUCAACACAAUUUACGGAUAUGACCGGGGUUCUAGUCCAGUUCGAGCUUGCUUUAGUGUCCAGGACUAUCCUGGAAGGGUCGCUUGCCAGUGGUGAAAUCGAGGCUUCUUUUCAAUUUCAAAAAGAGCUGGUAUCGCAAGCAAGGGAGAGGCUCGAUGCGGUGUACUUACGUGAUCUAGAUGUGAGGCAACCGUCGCAGAAAAUCAUCAAAGACUUGACUACCCUCGCAUAUGAACGGCUUUUCUUUGCCAUUCACCAGCCCCUCUUCAAGCAUGGACAAGGCGGGGAGUUGGGAACUCCAGAACUCCGAUCUGAGCUAUUCGAUCGAGCAAUUGCGUACUGCGAGACUGUGCAACGUCUCCAAGACGAAUAUGCUCCUCACCAUCUCGACUGGAUCUUUGUCCGGGCGUUCUUUUGGGAUUCGGUCGCGAUAAUGCUCACGACUUUGACGAGGGAGCAUGCUCAUGGCUCUACGGCUCAAGGACAACGAGCUUAUAGGAGGAUCGAACGCCUCUUCCAAUAUCGACAGUCCAUUGAUUACUUGGCCGGGAAUGGCAAUCUUUGGAAGCCUUUAUUGCAGCUUUGGGAAGGGCUGCAAGCCCUCGAGAAUGAUGGCUCGGAGAGACACGACGUAGAUGUCCUGGGGGAUCUCAACGGAUGGCCUGUGGAUAGCGUCAAUCUGGACUUUGAUAUCGAUUCCGCAUUUCCGUUCGAUGUGCCUAUGGGAUCUGGUGGGGCAGAUUUAGCAAUGCAUAGCCUUGAAUAG